AGCCUGAGGGAGCAAGAGCCAUGCCAUUGGAAAUGAAUACUCCAGUGUUACACUUGACAGCCACAGCGUCAUUGCCACUCCUCACAGAUUGGCUGUGGUGUUUUGAUUGGGUAUAAAUAGAAGAGGCAUUUUUUGGAUGAGUCCUAGUCCUCACAGCCUGCUCAGAGCACCUGAUCUAUCACUGCCAGCUGUCCAGUUGUGGUCAUUCAUCCCUUUGGGCUGUGAUCAUGAACACACACAUGAAUGGAGAAGUCAACUGCAACUACAUGACCAGCUUCAGCAAUGGCACCGUGGACAUCAAAAAGACUCUGAUACAGCAAAAUCUGAAACAGUGCAAAAAUGAGCAGCAUGAUCAGGACAAGCUGCCAAUUUUAGAGGGUGCCUACACCACCAUCCUCAGAGAGCUGGGCGAGAGCCCCGAAAGAGAGGGACUGCUGAAGACCCCCCUGAGAGCUGCCAAAGCCAUGCAGUAUUUUACCAAAGGAUACCAAGAAAGUAUUCAUGAUAUACUCAACAAUGCCAUAUUUGAUGAGAACCAUGAUGAGAUUGUCAUUGUUAAGGACAUCGAUGUGUUUUCUCUUUGUGAACAUCACUUGGUACCAUUUUUUGGCAAGGUUCAUAUUGGCUACUUACCAAACAGAAAAGUAGUCGGACUGAGCAAGCUGGCAAGGAUUGUUGAAAUCUUCAGCCGAAGGCUACAAGUUCAAGAACGUCUCACAAAACAAAUCGCAUUAGCCAUCAAUGACGCUCUGCAGCCAAUGGGAGUAGCUGUUGUUAUGGAAGCUUCGCACAUGUGUAUGGUAAUGAGAGGCGUUCAGAAGAUGAACAGCAGAACUGUCACCAGCACAAUGCAUGGAAUCUUCCGAGACGAUUCCAAGGCCAGAGAAGAGUUCCUCUCGCUGAUCAAACAAUAGCAUCAAACAAUAGCAGAAGC